AUGAGCACAACAUUAUCUGCUUCGGAACUGAAUCAAAAGAAUGAAACAUUAAUAUUGAAUAUAAUAAUAGUAAUAUUGAUUGCUAAAAUUUUGAAUAUUAUUUGGAAAAAGCUUAUUCAUGAUAGAUUAAUUAAUGGAACGGCUCGGAAAUUGGAAAGGGAAAUUGCUCUCCUUCAAAAGAGUAGCAUUGCUCUUAACACACCUUCAAAGUUUGUAGAAUAUUCCAAGACUCAAAGAAGAUGGAAAAAGAGAGAAAAGUUAUUAUCGGAAAUUAAGAAUACGUCAUCUUAUCGAGUUAAGAUUGUUAUUUCCUAUGUCAUACAAUAUGCACUUUCUCUAGGAGCACCUAUUUGUUGCACUUUGUUGUGGUAUGGGGAGAAGAUUUCCACACUGGCCAGACCAGACUUUUGUUGUUUAUCCAGAGGAGAAUCAUUGUGUUUGCCACAAUUAAUUUGUAGUGAGAGUGGAUUUCAAAUUGUUACUACAUCAUUUGUAAUACUCACAAUGAAGAGUUUGGAUUAUCUCAGUUCCAUUCUGUUCAAAUAA